AUGGCUGACGUGGCAUACCAGCUGGGUUUGCCAGUGGACGGCCGUUACGUGAGUGGUUGCCUGUCAGAGCUCCAUAUAUACAUCGAGGGUGGCCGUCCAGCCUGGGUCUGGUUCCAGGAGUUGCUCGGAGUUACACCUCCUCCUAGUCAGGUUCAGAAGUACGCAGUGAACUGCAGCUGGUUUCAGGAGACUUUUGGUGAGUGCCCUGAGGAUGCAGAUGAGGACACUGUGCGCCGAUAUGCCCGUGCGUACAUCAUGAUGUUGUUGGGUACGCAGCUGUUUGCGGACAAGUCCGGGAAUCGGAUUCACAUCAGAUGGCUUCCGUACGUAGCGAGGCUGGAGGAGCUGGGUACCUACAGCUGGGGUUCUGCAGCACUGGCUUGGUUGUACCGGUGCAUGUGCCGAGUGGCGAACAGACAUGUCGUCAAGUUAGCGGGCCCGCUUCAGCUACUUCAGUCUUGGAUCUUUUGGCGCUUUCCUCGGUUUAGGCUUGCAGGAUAUGAGACGUUCAGCUGGCCGUUGGCCUCGAGAUGGUCAAGUUACAGCUGGACCGCUGGCUCGUACACUGGGACGGAGGAAGAAGCCACGGCAGCCCUGGAACUGGAACCAGCUGCCGUGGCUACAUUGGUGGUAUUCCGGAUCGUGACUGGAAUGCGAUAG